AUGGAGAUGAGGCUUGUCGCCUGUGAGCGUAUGUCAGGGACACAAUGCUCGAAAAAGACUUCAUUGAGUUCGUGCUUCGUGGAGCAGCUUGUCUGCAAUGGAGAUGAGGUUUGUCGCCUGCGAGCGUAUGUCAGGGACACAAUGCUCGAAAAAGACUCCAUUGAGUUCAUGCUUUGUGGAGCAGCUUGUCUGCAAUGA